AUGUUUGGCAUCCGUUCUCCGUACCACCAGCCCAAUCCCUCGUUCGUCACUGACUUCCCGACCAAUGCAGCAUCCCGGCACCAGCAACGCGUCUCCACCACGGGCUGCGUAACCGUUGCCGAUGACACUGCGCGCCGUCCUACCGGAAACCAUCCAGCUGUUCACUUGACCUCUCGGCCCCGACCCCAUACAGAAGGGAUGAGCUGUUUCUCCACGAUCUCCAGGCUUCGUCUUUCCCUCGUGCCGUGUCGGUCGUGUUCAAGCACUGCCACACAGAGAAUGCGACUCAAUUCUUGGACCAGAGAUCGCUUAGUCUCCCCAGAGGCAAAUAAAAUCCAAGAAGAACAAGUUAAUGGCCCUGACCGGUUCCCUGGCGAUCCUUCAGGGUCUCGAUGGGCGAGCACGGUCAUCAGAUCGACCUGUAUCAAUGCUCCCUCGUCUUUCGUUGGCUUCCAGUCCUAUCUGCCGUCCAUGGUACCUGCGGCCGACCCGCGGGUCGCAUAUCCGGUCGACACUAUUAAGAGAACCGGACCCAAGCUCCCUGACCUUUUACCCGUCAUGGCGACCUCCAGAGCCUUCAUCUCGAUGCCUUAUCAGCCUUUUGACUGGUAA